AGCCAAAAAAGAGAUCUCUAGCUCGAGGCGGUUCGAUGCUCAUUGAUCACACAUCAAAUGGGGGUCUCAAAAAGCCUGUGAAAUUUUUCUGAUUGAUUGGUUUGGGAAAUUUCUAACACUCACCGAUUCUCUCGCUCCUCGUGAUGACCGAUUUUCCCGCCCAUCCGGUCGUACAACACAAAGCUAUGAAUGGGACGGGUCAAGCUAAAGAUAAAGAGAUUGGAGAAUAUUAAUGGCCGCCAAUCAACCUAUGCGAAAAGGAAGAAUGGAAUCAUUAAAAAGGCUAAUGAGUUGUCCAUAUUAUGUGAUAUUGACAUUGUUCUUAUCAUGUUUUCGCCAAGUGGCAAGCCUACGAUAUGUAAAGCAAAGAACAGUAGUAUUGAAGGGGUUAUCACAAAGUUUGCACAAUUAACUCCACAAGAAAGGGCAAAAAGGAAGUUGGAGAGCCUUGAAGCAUUAAAGAAAACCUUUAAGAAGUUGGAUCAUGAUGUAAAUAUACAAGAUUUUAUUGGUACUAGUUAUCAAUCAGUUGAGGAUUUGACCAAUAGAACAAAGUUACUCCGAAAUCAACUUUCAGAAGUCCAGAACAGACUGAGCUGUUGGACUAACCUAGAUAAGAUCGACAGCAUAGAACAACUAGGGCAAAUGGAAGAUUCUCUCAGGCAAUCACUUAAUGAAAUUAGAACACGUAAGGAAAAUUUUGGAAAGCAGCCAAUUCUGUCUCUAGGAUGCACAAAUCAGUUCCAAAAUGGGAUCCACUUGGGUCAUGAGCAGCAGAUCCAACCUUUGUCAUGGAUUCCUAAUGAUGAUAGUCAACAAAUGGUUUUAGCCAAGGACACAGGCCUCUUUCCCAAAAGGGAUAUGGAUUGCUCCGCUGGUACUUCCUAUGGUGGCUAUUCUGGUUACUUUGGCAAUGGUGAAAAGGUAGAGAUUGCUAGCACUGGACAAGAGAAUGGCUUCCUGGAUGAGUUGAUCAAAACUGAAGCUUUGAGGCUACAAAUGUAUGCACAAUAUCCUUACCCACCACACAAUUUCAGCUUCCUUUCUGAUAAGAAAUUCGAACCAGCACAACAGCUGAACCUGCAAGAAAAUACCGAGGAUUAUCGCUUCGAUGGAAACUUUGAACCUCCUCGUCAAUUUGGGUUUGACACAACCCUUCAUAAUUCAGCUUCUAUAUCGGAACCUUGUUCUGUUCCUCUGCUUGAUGAGCGUUUAUACCCUCAGCAACACUGUACAUCACACAACCAAGUCGCCAACGAACUUGGUUAUAUGCAUGUGCAAGCUACUCAUCAUCAGCCCAACUUAACAAACUGAUGUUGCAAUGGUUUUCUUAACCAUGCAAUUUUAGGGGUUGGUCCGGGUGGGGGAUAUGCACAUCAUAACUGCAAGGCUCGAAAGCUUGAAUGACGGUUGAUGAUGCCGCCAGAAGGAAUGGAGCCGACUUGCUCAGAUGAAGCCCAAUUUUGUGACAUUGAGCCCCCUCUGUAUACUAUCAGUUGUAAAGUAUAUCUAUAAAAAGCCUCUUCAUUUUGGUGCACAUCAGUAAUGGCGGGAGAAAUUGUCGUCCCCCCGUUGCACUUGAUAAUUCAAGCUGUAAGUUAAAAAAUACAUACAGUUGGAAAACUUGAUUCAGAAUCACACAUGUUAAUACAGUUUCAGAAGGAAGAGAGUUUGGGAGAGCAUGGAAAGCUUGAUUCAGAAUCACUCGUUAUUAGGUUAUAAAUAUUGUAUUUGUUUGUCACAAUUCAGAACUUGCUUGUACAGUAUAACUGUGACUCUGAUGGAGGAUUGGGAUGGUGAGUAGGUCACACAAUUAAUUAUUAUUAUUAAA